GUCCACUGCAGCAUGCAACAACAAAAAUCCRAGCAUUGCAAUUGGUUCUUCUUGUUAACGACGUUGUUGUCUUUGGUGGUGUCUCUAUCGUCACCAUGCUGAUCGACGAGCCGCGACUAGUACUGCUAUUACUACUUCUACUACUACGACAGCUACUAGCAGCUGCUAGCAGCAGCAGCAGCACCGUGCCACACCGCCGGCACACGGCACACGGCACCCCGCUGCCAGCUGCCAGCUGGCACCACCACCUCUGCCUACAGCCCGUACAUUUCCCUGGCCGCCCCCCCAAAGAGCCACGACCGUUCCUCCUCCGUGUACCGGUCUCCGAGGACGCGCCCAAAGCCCGACAGGACGGCUGGGACCGGCCACCCCGAAAUCCCGCCGUCGACGGGGGCGUUCGAGGCGAGGGCGACCCUCCUGGCCCCAAAGAUGCGGACGAUGCGGUGGACGGCUCCCUCCACCACCGGGUCGCGGUCCCAGCCCGAGGGGCUUCCUUGCGGGCCCGGUGCCGUGUAGGAGAGCAUGGAGAGCUUGAUCCCGGCCACGAGGCCGCACCCGGCGAGGGCCUCCAGGCCGUCCCAGUARGCGGCGCUGCGGGCCGGGUCCGCGAGAUCCGACCGGGUGGGCGUCCCCGCGUGGUCGAUCACCACCGCGGCCCUCUUGCGAACCGCGGUUUCGGGGCCCGCAGCAAAAGCCCGCUCGGUCUCCUCCAGGACCGAAAGGAGCGGGCCGAACUGGGAGGGGUUCAGCUGCGCGUCGAAGACCAGGCCGGUGCGGUGGACCAGAAAGGCAAAGCCCCUCUUCCACUCCUCGUUCGUGAGGAGCUCRCCGAGGGAGGCGUUCCGGGGCCAGCUCGGUUCGUGGUUGAGGAUCUGCCGGACCCCGCAGACCAGCGGYCUUUUCCGCGACAGCUCGGCGAGCCAGGACUCCGCGUCCGGGGAUUCCAGCGAGGCGCACGCYACGAAUGCGUAGGUUUUUGGCGGGGGUGUCUCGGGGAGGGCCUCUGUUCCGUCCCGCUCGCCGCGGUGCGCAUCGUCCUGGUGGUUGCCGUCGUUGCCGUCGCCGUGGGGAUCUGGUGGCAUCUGGUCCAGCGUCCAUUCCAGCUCUUUUCGGUACAUAUGGGUCAGCUCGCUCCCCGGUCGAUCCACGAAGCAAACGCUGUUGGCCUCGAUGCAGAUCCCGCCCUCGUGGACCACCACGAAGGGACUGCUGCUGCCUCCGCACCCGGAUUGGGYCCCCUCCUCCGCAUCGGCAGGUUCGGACGCGACUUCCCGCUCGUACUCGCUCCUCCCGUACCGAUCGGAAUCCCCCGGAACGAAAAUCUGCCCCCCGUCGUGCCCGCUCACCGUGGUCCCGUCGUCGUUCUUCUUCUCCGGUGCAUCCGCACGUGUGUGAGCUGUAUCGCUCGCGGCAACUGUUCUCGUCGUGUCCCACCAAUGAAAAUGGGGAUCGAAAAAUCGGAUCACUCGCCUCGAUGGCGAUGAGACGACCGUCUUCGGUGUCGACAUGGUGAUGCCUAUCGUAGGUUUUGGUAUGAUAGCAAUAAURACAAUAAUGACAAAACUUGCAACAUUGCUGUUGUGCCAACGUUCCAAGCCACGACUCCUGCUCGUUGCAUUUUUUCACUGGAACCCGCGUUCUGAAUUCGAAUACGAUACGAUUCUAGUAUCAUUCAAGAUCGCGUACCUCGUAUCGUACCUACGGUAGGGUACGUACGGUGCGGUACGGUGCCUUUUACAAGUACUUGUAUUUCGCAAGAGCAGAGCAUGCAAGCAGAUGGCUUCGAUUUCGGAAAGAAACUUCCUGCACGUGCAAGGCGCGAUACUGUAUCGUACGGAAGAUACGAGCGAACCGUGUCGCAUUCAAGUUUUUUCUCUAUUUUGGUGGCAGUUUUGAUUUUUAAGAAAAGAUUGUUGAURGGUGAAAUCGUAUCGGUAUUCCGAGAGCCGGUUCAGAUCAGGUGCUGUGCGAUGGAUUGAUUCUAGUUUGAAAUCAUGAUUUUGAUUUUGAAUGAAUCCGUUCAUUCGCAUUAYGUACYGUACCGUUACAAUCGCAUUUUAAAGCGUUGUCUUGGGCCCACUGCGCAAACGCUAUUCCAUCCUUCCGUCGUCGCCACCACGAUUCGCGAGCAAACAAACAAACUACUACGGCACACCGACCACGAUGUUUCCCAAGCUGCUAGCGUGCUGUUUGGCCCUCACGGGACAAAGGGCCGGAGCAUUCGCUCCCGAUCCUCGCCCCGGCUUUGGCACUGGAUGCCGCAACAAAAACAACAACAACAACGGCGCCCUCUCCUCUCUCCUCAAGAACCACGAGUUCGGAUUCAAGGCSUUUUCGUCUUCCUUUCCGACCAAGAGAGAUCCGCGCAAGAAAAAGCCAACAAGCCAGGCCCAACCAAGCCCUUCCUCGCCGAAGCAGAACGACAUGAGCAUGUUCCUGAAGGGAGACGAAGAAGAGACCCMCAGCGACGCCGGGAGCGGCGGGUUUGCGCCUCUGGAAGUCCACGCGGGCAGCGACGAAUCGAUCCGUCGGCUGGAAGAGGUGGAAGACGUCUUUCGAAACGAGCGCCUGUACGAGCACGAUYCGGGACCCGUGGGCACCGCGGGGAGAGACGCAAGCGUGGCCGUUCCGAAACCGCACCGGAGGCACCGUGGCGUGGCCAUGACCGACCGCCACGGAAUCGGCGCCGACGAAGACUGCUCCGCCCGGCCCAAGAAACUCAUCUACUACGACUACGAGGGGACGGUCUCCAAGGUCAGGCGCAACCUGUGCCACAAUCCUUCCGGUGGAUACUACGAUUGAUCAAAUGAAACGCAAAGGAACAAAACCAAAAGCCAACAAAACAAAACAAAACAAAACAAAACAAGGAGGACGGUUCCUGUUGCGGUGGGCGAGUGCACUCUGUCGUGUGGUUUGGAAUGAAUGGCCACCCUUCUUUAUUGUGUCGCUCUCGCUGUUGCCACCGCCAGAACCAGUCACCACGAAAUCCGAACCGCAAUACAAGCAACAGAAGGCAUUAUCCGGCAAUUCAUUUUUGUCUAGAAAACUAGAUUGCAUGCACUUGUCCUUUCGAUACAAUACACUAUUCUAAGAACA